GAAAGAUAUUAGGCAGAAAUAUGAUAAUAAUAGUGGUGGUAAAUUGAUGACGUUGUUGCUACAAGCAGUAAUCUCCUUCGAUUAAAUUUUUCAAAUUUCGUUUAUCAGUUGCUUUACGACAAUUAACUUCGAUGGAUAGACACGGUAACUUAAUAAUUAAAAUUUCUAACAUAAACUGAUAAAAGUCAUGUUCGAUAUCUUUAUCUUUAAUUUUUAACAUAAUAACUAAAGUUAUAAAUAUAAAUUAAUGUAAAAAAAAAUAUUAUUUAGAAACAAUAUUAAAUUUAUUUGGUGAAUUUUACGAGUUUAUUAAAUAUAAUUUGAACAAACAUGCGCUCUCUUGACAUAUAUCGUAUUUUAGUGAUUUUUAUAUAUGUGAUAAGUGUAGACAGUGUCAUUAAUAGACAGAAAUGUUGCCCGCCAAAUAUGAUAUUCCCGAUUAAAGAGAAUUCCAAGUGUUAUAUUUCUCAAAAUAAAAAUUCAUCUGAUUAUUAUGAGGAGAGAAAUGGCGAUUGGAUAAUUGGGUUCUUCGAAGACUGCUCAAAUGAUACCUUCACGGAUUUGAAAGAAUUUAAGGACAAGAGUUCAACGAUAUCGAAAUCAGCAAUUGCCUGUACUGAUCUUGUGCGAGACGAUCUUACAAAUAUUUCAUUUGUUCAUUACUGCAAUCAAGCACAUGAAGAAAUUUCGGAUCCGCAAUCAAUGAGCAUUAGAAAAUGUUGUCCUCAUGGCCAACGCUAUGAUGCUAAAAUUCGAGAAUGUGUUUCUGAUUCCUCAAAUUAUUUCGACGUUCUUAAAGCUUUACGUGCCUUUUCUAACAAGAAUAUACAUUUCUUAUCAAUAGUAGAAGGUCCCCCAAGUUGUAAUUACUCUUUAAUUGAUUAUAUCAUUAGUGCAGCUAAUGAUACUCUGAUUCUUAAUAGCGAUACUUCAGAGGCAUUGAUUCAAUCGAAGAAUAGUCAGACUAAAAUUUCUGUUAAUGAAAAUAAUGCAUGCUUUGACUUUGAAUUAUCUUCUGGUAUCAUUGUAGUAAGAGCGUGUAGUGACGAUAAAUACUGUGCAGAAAACACUUGUUUGAGAAAGUGUUGCCCGGAAGAUGAAGCUUGGAUUAAACAUAAAUGCCGGAAACUUUCGACAUACGAAGGCCCUCGUAAAGAAUUUCACACUGAAAUAAAAACAUUCAUUGAAAGUUUUCGUAAUAACUCAAAAUCACCAGAGGUUUUAAAUUCUACUGAUUACGGUAUUAUGAUUGGGAUUCCAUUUUGCAACCAUGGCCGUAUGUAUCCAGUAAUGAAACCAAAGAAGAAUUGGUAUUUUACUUUACAUGGAUAUAUUUAUAUAUCGAAUUCCAAUACUUUUUACGAUCCGAAUGUUUAUUGUUUGGAAAUGGCGUAUGAAAAUAAUUAUGACGAUGGAUUGUAUCCUAAUAUAUGUUUUGAAAGAUUUAAACCAGAGACAGAGCGCUUUCCACUACGAUUUGUAAUAAAUGCGUCGUUGGAACUGACAAGUUGCGUAUUUUUAAUAGUGACAUUUUUAAUGUAUGUGUUACAACCAUCGAUACAAAAUCUUCAUGGCAAUAUUUUAAUGUCUUAUAUAGGAAGUCUUUUUAUUGCAUACGCUUGUCAUGCCGUAAUGAUAUUUCUAAUUUUAAAAGACAAAUAUAACUAUGAUUAUUAUGUAUUAGAUUCCCCAGUAUGUAAACCUCUCGGUUAUAUUGUCACAGCAGCAUACCUUAUUGCUUUUUCUUGGCUUCAUGUUUUGUGCUUCGAUAUUUGGUGGACAUUUAGAGGCUACAAUGGGGUAAUUAAGCUCAACAAGGGUAAAAACAAAGCGCAUUGGAAACAAUUCAUUCGUUAUUCUUAUUGGGCAUUAGUUCCUGCAAUGGUAGUAACUAUUUCGAUUAUCAUCGUAGACAACAUAGAUAUUAUACCACUAGAUUUCCGUCCUCUUAUAGGCACAGAUUCGUGUUGGUUUUCAUCAAAGUACGGAAAUUCAGGUAAAAUCAUCUUCUUCUAUGGACCAAUGAUUGUUGUAGUAUUGCUUAAUACUAUAUAUUUCAUAUUAACAAUGCGUAGUUAUGGGAGUGUUAAGGCAGAUGUUACAAAAUAUGGUGAUGCAUCCGAUCGAGAAAAAAAACUAAAAGAGGACCGAGCAAAAUUAAAACUCACGUUAAAGCUUUUAGUUUUAAUGGGAAUCUUUUGGCUUAUCGAAAUACUUUCUUUUCUUAUUAACUCUUAUUUUCCGAAUUUUCCGUGGAAGAUUGAAACAUUUUAUGCAUUUGAUGUCUAUAAUUGCCUGCAAGGUAUGAUUCUUUGCAUUUUCGUCUUCUUAAAAGAGAAUUCAUGUACUAAAAUCAAAGCUCAAUACACCAAAGUUAAAUCAUUAGUUUCCGAAUCGAUAACCAGUUUUAUAAAUAGAUUUAAAAUUAAAAAAUCUACUAGUUCUUCUACUAUCACCGAUACUACUAUUUCUACUACUAUCAGCGACACUACUGUUAAUGACUCCUUUAACGACAGUACGAACGCCAAUACUAGCAUCACUACCAUCAGUUCUAGUAAUACCGCAGAGUCAACUUUGUAAAAUUUUAAAAUUUAAUAUGUAUAUACUAAUUUAACUUUUAGUUUAAUUUUAAAUAAUGGAAAACCCAACAUGCGCUGUGGUUUAUAUCUAAGUAUUUUAUAUUUAUGUAUUAUUCUUUUGAAUUGUCUAGCUUUUUUUUAAUAUUAAGUUAUAUAAAAACUUACUCUUUACUAAUUAGUGA